AUGGGCUGUGGAUUGGACAAGCUUGGUCUAGGGGUCAUCUUUGCAAUCUUUGCAUGUGUCUAUGCCUGGCAUUCAUCCUGCUGCGUGGCCAUCUGCUCUGGCAUUGCCCUGCCAGUGGCUUCUUCGAGUUCCUCUAGAGGCUCCUUCAGAUGCACUCAACAGUUCACAGAGUUGAAGGAUGCCACCUGUAUCCUGAGUGAAGGACUUCCCUUUGCUCUCUCUCUCAGCAGCUCUGGCAGCCUGAACCAGCUCCUUAAUGACCUUCUUCGGGGCACUGGCAGGCCUUCCGGGAGGGAAGACAACUCUGAAUUCCUAGGCCAAUCCCACCCUAAGGGAGUCUCUUUCAUCCUCCAUAUCACAGAAGGCUCUUCCUUCUGGAGACUCACCGAGCAGCUGCUUCAAGUCCAAAUCUGUCAGAGAGACCAUGGCAGUGGCCACCUGAGGUUGAAGACUUCCCGCUUUUUCCUGUGCAUUCUUCAGCAGCUCUGGGUAGAAGUAUGGCAGCACUUGCCAUCGGGGUCAAAGAGGAUGAAUAACUUGGAUGGGAAACCCUGUACCUACAGCCUUGAUAUCAUAAUUGACCACAUCCGGUUUAAGAGGCAAAGAAGUGAAGAAAACCAGACAAGAAAAAAUGGGAUCACAGCUGGAAUAGACGAGGUGGUGACUGAGAGAGAGUAUCGAGUCCAACCUUUAGGGCUUCAGGGAGGGAUUGGAGGUAACGUGGGGGCCAAACAACCCGGCCAGGAGGCGGCCGCUGCCUGCCGGGCCCUCUCUUCUGGGACCCUCGAUUUUCGGACGCUGAGCGCCAUGGCCCUGCCUCUGCUGCCGGGCAACAGCUUCAACCGCAACGUGGGAAAGGAGAAGUUUCACAAAUCCCAGCAUUGGGGCUUUUGCAACAAUGUUAUGAUGUUAGUGAGUGAUGAAAAGCCUGGAAUAGGUGGAGAACCACUUCUGGGACAAAAGAUAAAGCCGAAAUGUAGCAUAUAUCCUAAAGGAGAUGGAAGUGAUGUACCAUCAUGGGUAGCCUUUGAUAAACAGGUAUUAUCUUUUGAUGCCUAUUUGGAAGAGGAAGUACCUGAUAAAAGCCAAACCAACUACAGAAUAAGAUACUACAAAAUCUACUUCUACCCUGAAGAUGACACAAUACAAGUAAAUGAACCAGAGGUGAAAAAUAGUGGAUUGCUUCAAGGGACUUCUAUCCGGCGUCAUCGGAUUACUCUCCCGCCUCCUGAUGAGGAUCAGUUUUAUACUGUGUAUCAUUUUAAUGUCGGCACAGAGGUUGUCUUCUAUGGUCGGACAUUCAAGAUUUAUGAUUGUGAUGCAUUCACAAGAAACUUUUUGAGGAAAAUAGGGGUCAAAGUGAAUCCCCCAGUACAAUGUCCAGAAGAUCCUUACAUGAAGAUUCGGAGAGAGAUUCUAGAACACGCAGAGCCCUUACGUCCCUACGAAUCCCUCGACACCCUGAAACAGUUCCUCCAGUAUCAUGGCAAGAUUUUGUGUUUCUUCUGCCUAUGGGAUGACUCAGUCUCGAUGUUUGGAGACCGUAGAGAACUCAUCCUGCAUUACUUCUUGUGUGAUGAUACUAUUGAAAUCAAAGAAUUGCUUCCACACAACUCAGGCCGAGAUGCUAUAAAAAUGUUCCUCCGGAGGAGUAAGCUGCCCAAGAAUUGCCCACCUAGAGUCUAUCAACCAGGCCAGAUAACAGAUCAAGCGGUUCUCAAUUUGUAUGGUGACUUCAUAAAGAACCAAGCGGUUGGCUUCCUGAUGGAUAGAUAUAAGCUAGGAGAAGUAGACCAAGAGUUUUACAAAGAUAGUGACCUGUCCCUCGGAGUCACCAUCAAUGUGUGGGGAAGAAAAGUGCUCCUUUAUGACUGUGAUGAAUUUACGAAGUCUUAUUAUAAGUCUAAAUAUGGAAUUGAGAACUUUACCUCAGUUUCAUGCAAGCCUCCUUCUCCUCCUCCAAAAAUAGAAAGGAAAUUUCCACCUUACAAUGGUUUUGGUUCUGAAGAGGAUUCUCUCCGUACCUGCAUAGGCUUCAAGCCCACACCUCAUCGGAGGAACUUCAAGAAGUUUAUGGAAAAAGACAGCUAUGGCUUCCAAAGCAAUAUACUCCGUUUUUUUGCAAAACUAGUCACAGACAAAUGUGUUGACUUGGACAGGAUGUUUGUUAUUUCAUAUUAUCUCAGUGAUGACACCAUUUCAGUGUUUGAACCUAUAGAGAGGAAUUCAGGAAUUACUGGUGGGAUGUUCUUGAAAAGAAGUCGUGUUAAGAAGCCUGGACAAGAAGUCUUUAAAAGUGAACUAUCUGAAUAUAUCAAGGCUGAGGAGCUGUACAUUGGAGUCACAGUGAACGUGAAUGGUUACCUAUUUCAUUUGCUCAGUGCUGAUGAGUAUACCUUAAACUACAUGGAGCAGAAUACAGAUAAGUAUCCUUGCAGUAACCUCAAACUUGCCCUACAAAAGCUGAAGCAAGAAGAAGCAAAAUCCAGAGAGCUCAAGCAGAUAUUCAGAGCUGCUGACCGUAAGCACACAAAGAAGGUGGAUUAUAAUACAUUCAGAGACAUAUUGAUGUCUUUUACUGUUGGAAACCUCUCAGAGCAAGAAUUUGUAACCAUUGUACGUCACUACCGUGCUCCUGAGGACACCUGUUCAGAUGUGGAUUUCUUAAUCGCACUGGCCCACAAAAAGUUCAAGAAAAAUAUGUUUGAGAAUUUCGACAGUUUCAUUUAUUCCUGUGUAUAUGAAGAUCGAGAAAAAAAAAAUGUAUUACCCACCAAAGACAUUAAAAGGCUGUGCAAAUCCUCCAGAUUACCUCUGAGUGAUGAUCUUCUAGAAUCCUUAUUGUCAAGGUUUGAAGACAGUGAAAAACAAAUAGAUUAUAAGUCAUUUUUCUCUGCCCUGAACUGGAGAAAGAAUCCAGUGCCUGAACUGCAACCAGCAUCAUACCUUAAAGAGAGAUGUGAAGAUAUCUGGCUUGGUAUGCCAUCACCUAUUCCUGCGAAAUACAUUGACUACUUGACCCUUUUGAAGGACGUGUUUGGCUUAGAGGAGGAAUAA